UGGACCCUAUAAUAUUACCUCUAAACCCUAAUAUAAACCUCUAAAGUCUCCCCCGCACACACACGCACUCUCUCUCUCUGAGCAAAACAGGGCCGCCAUAUCCGCUAGAUUUUCCUCAUCUGAGACUAAGAGAGCAACAAUUUCCGUGAAGCUAUGGCUCUCGUUUUACAUGCGGGGAGCACAAAUAAAAAUGCUUUCAAGGCGCUCAUUGCUGCAGAAUACACUGGUGUUAAAGUUGAUUUGGUCAAGGACUUUGAGAUGGGUGUGUCAAAUAAAACUCCCGAAUAUCUCAAAAUGAAUCCUAUAGGGAAGGUACCUGUGCUUGAAACACCUGAUGGGCCCAUAUUUGAGAGUAAUGCCAUUGCACACUAUGUUGCUCGCUUGAAGGAUGCCAAUCUACUUUAUGGAUCUUCCCUUUUUGAAAAUGCCCUGAUUGAGCAAUGGAUAGAUUUUUCAUCUCUUGAGAUUGAUGACAAUAUUUUGCGGUGGUUCAUUCCGCUUAUUGGUUUUGCUGUCUAUCUUCCCCCGGCAGAGGAAGCUACAAUUUCUGCAUUGAAGAGAGCAUUAGGUGCUUUGAACACCCACCUUGCUUCCAACACUUACUUGGUUGGACAUUCUGUCACAUUGGCUGAUAUUAUUAUGACAUGCAACUUGGUUCUUGGAUUCAAUCGGAUCAUGACUAAGAGCUUUACUUCAGAAUUUCCACACGUAGAGAGAUACUUUUGGACCAUGGUUAAUCAACCAAAUUUCUACAAGAUAUUGGGUGACAUUAAACAGGCAGAGUCUGUCCCACCUGUUCAAUCAGCAAAGAAGCCAUCACAGACGAAGGAACCUGCAAAACCUAAGGCCAAGGAUGAACCGAAAAAAGAGACAAAGAAAGAAUCGGUGAAGCCUAAGGAGGGGGUAGUUGGAGAGGAGGAAGAGGAGGCACCCAAGCCAAAGCCAAAAAAUCCUCUUGAUCUCUUGCCUCCAAGUAAAAUGAUACUGGACGACUGGAAGAGACUAUAUUCCAACACAAAGACCAACUUCCGUGAGGUUGCUAUAAAAGGAUUUUGGGAUAUGUAUGAUCCUGAGGGAUACUCUCUUUGGUUUUGCGACUACAAGUACAACAAUGAAAAUACAGUCUCCUUCGUGACUUUAAACAAGGUGGGUGGUUUCCUACAGCGAAUGGAUUUGGCUCGCAAAUAUGCAUUUGGGAAGAUGCUAGUGAUCGGUUCAGAGCCCCCAUUCAAAGUGAAGGGAUUGUGGCUCUUCCGAGGGCAAGAGAUCCCUCAGUUUGUGAUUAAUGAAUGUUACGACAUGGAAUUGUAUGAGUGGAAGAAGGUAGACAUUUCUGAUGCGGAUCAGAAGGAGCGUGUGAAUCAGAUGAUUGAAGAUUAUGAGCCUUUUGAAGGUGAGGCUCUGCUGGAUGCAAAAUGCUUCAAGUAAAAAGAACAAAUCAUUGGCAGAGAAAGGUAGUUAUAAUUUGGCAUCUAACCUCUGUCAGUUGUUUUUGCCCUCGUUUGAAUUUGUAAUCCGAGGCUCAUGACUGUUGAAUUGGGAUUUUGUUUGAGAGUUUUCUAUUCUAGUACUCGUCUUUUAAAUCAAAUUUACGAAUUACUAUGAUUGUCCUCAA